CUUGGCGCAGGCGCACAGGGGCCGCGGCCCGCCCAGGUGGGCGCGUGUGCCGCUCCCUGAUCUCCGCCGGCGCACUGUCUCCCAGCGGGAGCUUGUUGCAGGCGGUGAGGGCCCGCCUCCCAGCCGGGCAGGAGGCGUGGGCAUGGAGCUGGCCGCCGUCGCCAAGCCCCGGGCCCGCGCCGCUGCCUAGGGCGACCCGAGGGACGCUGCCUAGGGCGCGGCUCCGGGGACCCGUGCGGCCUAGCACGGCCCGGCGCUGCGCGGAUGGCCCUGCUCCUGCGGCCCGUGCUCGCCGUCCUUCUUCUCCUCCUGACCGCCGCUUUCAGGUGCCAGGAGCAGGCCCAGACCACCGACUGGAGAGCCACCCUGAAGACCAUCCGGAACGGCGUUCACAAGAUAGACACGUACCUGAACGCCGCCUUGGACCUCCUGGGAGGCGAGGACGGGCUCUGCCAGUAUAAGUGCAGUGACGGAUCUAAGCCUGUUCCACGUUACGGAUAUAAACCCUCCCCGCCGAAUGGAUGUGGCUCCCCACUGUUCGGUGUUCAUCUUAACAUUGGCAUCCCUUCCUUGACAAAGUGCUGCAACCAACACGACAGGUGCUAUGAGACCUGCGGCAAAAGCAAAAACGACUGUGAUGAGGAGUUUCAGUAUUGCCUCUCCAAGAUUUGCCGAGAUGUGCAGAAAACACUAGGGCUAGCUCAGCAUGUGCAGGCAUGUGAAACCACCGUGGAGGUCUUGUUUGACAGCGUUAUACAUUUAGGCUGUAAGCCGUACCUGGACAGCCAACGAGCCGCAUGUAGGUGUCGCUACGAAGAAAAAACUGAUCUUUAAAGAAGAUACUGACAGGUGGUGACAGCAGAUGAGGAUAGAAGAACAUAACCUUUGACAAAGAGCUAAUGUUUUCACAGCAUAAAGCUGCCUUAUUUUUGUGAAAGGAUUAUUUUAAGACCUUAUUUUGACAUUAAAACUUCAAACUAAAGAAACAAAUGCAGGUUAUCUUCCUGGAUGUUGCUGCCUUAGUGUGCCAUAUUGUCUUGACAAUCACAGAAAGAGGUGCAUGUUAAGGGAGAAUUUUUUAAAAGAAAGAGUCUAACUCAAUUUUCACAACUAUAUUUAUCAAAAAAUAAGGUCAAAUGUAAAAUUCAUUGUAAGGUAUGUUCAACAUUAUCUUAUUUGGAAAUAUGGGGAAAUCUUCACUUAAAAGUAUGUUUGUUUACUGUAAAAUUUAAAAUAUACAUUUAUGCCCAGAAAGAUCUGACUUUAUUUUUGCUCUUUUAAUUAACACAAACAGUUUUUCCAUAGCCCACUGAGCAUAUGAAUAAGCCACACUUCUAUGAAUGACAGGACUAGUUACAAGGACAUGUCUGUUUCUCUUGUAAAAUUGGAACCAUCUCCUGGGACCUCUUAGGAAACAAAACUAGGAUAUUUAGGUAUUAAUAUGUGCCUAGAAGGUGACGUGAACAAAAUUCAGAAGCAUAGCCCAUUUUAUGAACCACUCAUGACAAAUUUCAUAUUUUGCUAUAUAAACUUUGCCUAAAUUGGAGAAAAGAUGGAUUUAAUGAGACAAAUGAAAAGUUGUUUAAUAUACACAUCAGAGCAUUAUAUGCGUUAUAUGCUUUGGUGUUUACUCCCUAGGACUUACUCUUGGUAGAUUCUGGGAUAUUUUUAAAAGACUGUAAACCUUUUACUAAUAUUGGCCUUCAUAAAAAUUGUUCUUGAUAUUGUUGGGUUUUUUAAGUCUUUAACUGUGGAGUCAAAAGGGAUGGAAAAGCAGGAUCCAAAGAACUAUCUUUUAUGGAAAAUUAUUAACAGAUGUUUAAGAGCAAAUCCCAGAACUUCAACUGCCUCUGAAAAUGUCUGUGAGGAUUGAAAGCUUUUCAACCCCUUGGAAAGCUCAGCUGUGUUCCUCUACCAUUCUUUGCUUAUCACUGGCUGUCGACGUUCCCUAGCCAUGUAUAUCUUUUGGGUAACCUCUGGCCAAAGUUAUUAAGAUGAACUGCUUGGAAAGUCAGAGAAAGACAGCACCAGCAGAAGUGGUUCUUUCUAAAUCAAUACAGGCAGAAUUGGGAUGAAUGAAAAAUAUGUUCUGGAAAAAGGGCCACAUUCCUCACUUUGAAUAUAUGUUAUCACUGAGAACCUGAUGGCUUCCCAGACUGAGAUGGUGGCAGCUAUUCUGCUAAUAGAUGUGUCCUCUAUUAGACAAGGCAAGUGUAUCCCUCAGGGCUAAGUAAGCAAACUGGGCUCCAGUUGUAUUACUUGACCAGGUAACUUUAAACAUGUAAUAAAUUCAUGGAUUUUCUUGGCAGUAUUGGCUUUCUCAAGAGGACAAAGUCAAUGUCUUUGUAAAAUAUUUAAUUCAUGGUCAUAAAUUAUGUACAAAAA